AGCUUGUUUACGUGCCGCUUGACGUGCCGCUUUACGUCCGGAUCCGCGCCAUGGCGACCGCUUUCGGCGUCCGCAGCCGGGUGGCCUUCCAGGCAGCGGGCGCUGUGCUCAUCUCCUGGGUUUGUGGCACGCUCUUGGCCAGUUCCACCAGUGUGAAAUACUUGGAGGUGGCGUUGGCGUGCGUCAUAGGUUUUGCCACGCCAAUGAACCACCUGGGGGACACCUGUCGGAACGGCUUCACCUGGAUCACUUCGGCCUUCGUCCUGGCACCACUGGGUUUCGGGUGUUGUUACCUGUGUUUCUUGCUGGGCGGCUUGCGGUGGAACCAUUGGAUUGUGGCAAUAGGUCUCAGCUGCACAGCUUUCCUGGCGAUCCUUUGGGCCUUCGCCGCCCAGCAGCUCUCGGCACCCCGCGCGCAGCUGGCGGGGAACUCGGCCACUGUGGUGAUUGCGCUGAUCCCGCUGCUGGUGGUGAACACUGGUGUGACACAGCAAAAACAAGUCCUCCUGGGCGCUGCAGGUUUACUAAUCGCGCUCUUUGUGGGAGCAGUCAUUCCGUUGGUUUUGAGCCAUUUGCCCUACAUCGGUGCUUUGAGCGCACGCCGGCAAGUGCCCGCCUGCGCCGCCGCCAAGCUCACGGCGCUCGCCGACCUUUGCGAGGCCACUGCCAUCUACCAAUUGCCCACACCUGCAGCUUUGCAACGGCACCGCGAAUGUCGUCUAAGGUUGUUGGCAGCCACUGUUGACCUGCAGGCGGCCGUGCAGUCUGCUUCCAUGGAGCUUACUGAGCCAGACCUUUUCCCCGAGGCAUCGAUGCUCGGGGACUUCAAGAGUAAAUCAGAGGACUGUCGGCGGUCCUUGCAGAUGAAGUCAACGAUGUUGGCAGCCGGCUUUAGCCAAGUGACCUGGGACCUUUUCUUUAAAGGUGCCCAAGGGGAGCUCCUCCGGAGCGCUGCGGUGAGCGCUGCGCACGCGCUUCGCUCCAGCGCCUCGCGGCUGCGGCACCUGGCCGGGGACGAAGUGCCGGAGGUACCAUCUGCCAGCUGGCUAGGCUCAGGUUCUAGCCACGCAAGUGCGAAGGAUUGCCAGGAGGCUGCGCAGCGGUGCCGAAGUGCCUGGGAGAACUUCUGGGAGGCUCAGUUGACUGCGGCCAGUCAACCACAAUGGCGAGAACGAGUGGAGGAGUCGAUGCUACGCUCCAUGCCGGAGUUCGAGAAGCUCCCCGGAGUUCCUUUGGACCUCUUCCUCAGUGGAGCCCACUACUUCAAGACGGAGGGCAGUCCAGAAGGUGCUCAAGUGGCCGCUUUUGAUGAGGCCUGUCGCCAUUGCGCCUCUUUGUUGGGCGUUCGUGGCGCUUGCGAGGCGGCAGCUAGCCUGGCGGAGAUGGCACAACAUGCGCAGCAGGACUGGCGCUGGCGUUUGCCCUUCGCUGGGAGCUUCACUGGCUGCCGGCAUUGGCUCCGGGUGCCCUUCAAGCCACAAGCCUGGAAAACUGGGUGGAACAAGGGCGCCAAGUUUGGUGGCCGCAUGGCCAUUGCGAUCCUCAUCGCUGAAAUCAUCUAUGUGAAUGUAAAGCCCCAUCUUCCAGAGGAUGAAGACGGCUUGUGGACCUUGAUCACUGUCACAAUGGCCGUCACCCCGGUGGCCGGAAACUCGAUCUUCCGGGGCCUUUUGCGGCUGUUUGGAACCUUCCUUGGAGCUUUGCUGGCGGUGGGCACUGUGGCGCUAGGUGGAAGUGCUUACACACAAGCGCCCUCGGUGUUCAUCAUGGCAUUCUUCAACAAGUAUUUCGAACAAGAGCUGCAGUUUGCUGGGAUGGUCAACUUCACCACCUAUGUCAUUGUCUUGAACACCUUGGCGGAUCGGAAUGACCCGGAGAUCUCCGAUCAGCAGGAGGUUUUGCGGCUGGCCACACGGCGGAUGCUGGAUGUGAUGAUAGGCGUUUGUUUGGCCAUGUUCGCCAACGUUUUCUUCUUCCCCGAGCGGGCCGUCGAUGAGCUUCGCGCACGCGAACUCUUGUCCUUCCAACGCACCGCGGAGGCGAUCCGCACCAGCUCAGUAGUCCUAGCAGGCUUGGCAGCGCGCGCGCCAGAACCAGAGGACUCUUGGGACGAUCUGCGAGCAGAUCUCUUUGCUUCGGCGGAGGCGAUGAACUUCGCAGGUGAUGGCCGCCCGGGGGUCAUGGACUUGUUGUCGGAUGCCUAUUUUGAGAGCCAAUGGCGUGUGGCUGGCGGAGCACGAGUGCUUGGAGGUGCGCUUUGGGUGCCCUGUGGGGGCAAGAGCCUACCGGGACACCGGUGCCUGGAAGCUGUGAUUGGCAUCAGUCGGAUGCUGCGGAUCACUUACAUGAUGGUCUCCUUAUGCGAGCCUGGAUUCGAACAGGGCGCCGAGCGGCCGCUGGCAAACGAUCCCAUGGUGUUGCAAGCCUUGGGCUACCAGGGUGCUGCGAUUGGUGAUGAACUGGAUCGCGUUCUCAACCUGAUGAAACCUCGCUUUGAAGCAUCUGGGUGUGAGCAACACAAGGGGACUCCGGGAGAGUUGAACGAAACCUUGGAGCGCUUGGAGGAGAGACUAGAGCUGCUCUUCCGCGGCGCUGCAGCUUCCCGCGCCCGCUCGGGUGGCCUCACGUUGACCGCGGGGCAUUGCGGCGGCGCGCGCUCGGCUGCGGUGAUCAAGAUGCUGCACGGUGCGGUGGAAGCAUUCAUCCAGGCGUGCAGACAACUAGA